UCGUGUUAAACGAACUGAGCAUCGAGAUUAGCUGCUCCGUAAUCGAUUUGUCUUGUCUGCUUUGUUUUACGACAUCUCCAUGCGUCUGCCGAACCCACAUGUAAACAUUUCACGUUUCCUGAGAAGAAUUCAACUCAAAUGGCACCGACAAAUCAGAAAAUGAAGAAUAACAAGUUUACAGCGAAAGAUGGCAACUGGAAGAAAUCAAAAAACAACGUACAGGGUGUCAAGAAGAAGAGGAAAUGGGUCCCGGAGCACAAAGUCUUCGAGGGCAGCGUUAAAGAAGGUCAAGGGUUUGCUUUCAAGAGGAAGGAGAAAGUCAGACAUGAGUACAACAAGCUGCUGCGGAAGGAGAAGAAGAAAAAUCCUGCUUCCAACCCAAUGUAUAAGGAGGAGUAUCCAGAACAUCUCAGGCAUCUAUACAUGGCUGAGGCAGAGAAACUGAAACAGGAGGCCUGGACGAACAGAGUGAACAGGAGUAAGCUGAGAAUGAAAGGGCAGGAGAAGGGAGAAGAGACAGCUGAAAAUGAUGCUGCGGCACAUCAGACUGAAGCUACUGAUCCAGCCCCUGAAGUUGCUGGUGAAUGUGAGCUGGUGGAUUCUGUGGCGGGGAACCCUGACCCAACAGCAGCCCCAGAGAAAGACAGUCUUCCAAUAAGCAACCGCAUGAGGAAAAAAAUGCUGAAGAAGACGUCCUACCAGAAAACAAAAGAGGAAUUUGAGAAAAUCAAAGAAAAACGGAGAAAAAAGAAAGAGGAGUACCUGAAGAACAAGCAGCAGAGGGAAGAAGCCAUUCAAAGGUACAAACAGAAAAAGAUGGAGACGUUCCAGAUGCUGAGCAAAAAGACCAAGAAAGGACAGCCAAAUCUGAACCUCCAGAUGGAAUAUUUACUUCAGAAAAUCCAAGGAAGUGGGAAAUGACUCCUGAAUCACAGCUGAUCCUGGAGAAUGAACGGACAUAAGCGUGGACUGCGCCUGUAUUUGACUGUGUCAUUAAAAACCUGAUGAGAAGCAUCAGGGUUGUGCUUUCACUCAGUCUUUUCAGUGGUGCUCUGUAUGUAGAGCGGUAAUCUGACCAAUUUGCCUCUAUACUCUGAGUGAAAGCUUGCAGUUGUUUAAUUUGACAAGUGCUUUUACUGUUAUAUUGAGAGUUUGCAUUAUUUUGUUCCAGAAAACCUAAUGUUGCAGUCCAUCUUAGUCUCAGACCACAAGAUGGCAUUGUAAGAUAUGAAGAGAUGGCAAAACGUGCUCAUGCAAGAUAUCCAAAAAUCAAUAAACUGGAGUUUCCUGUUGA